AUGGCCCUUCCUAUCCCAAUUGUCACCCCUUUACUUCAACCAACAGCUUCCCCAUCCCCCCAUCCGCCCACCCCUCUUCACACCGCUUCACGUGCAGGUCUGUUCAGAACCAGUGCUGGACCGAUGGCCCUUCCUAUCCCAAUCCGUACGCCCCUGCUAACCCACUUCCUAAACAUCUCAAUAGAAACAUUUCAAGUUCCCUCCCCCUCCCUUCCCCGCUCUUCACCUGCGGUUCUUUUCGAUACCGAUGCCUGCAGUGACGACGACCCACCUCUGAUCCAGGGCGUUCUGCUGCUAUGUGGCAUCAUCCACAUCAUGCUGCUGUGUGGCAUCAUCCACAUCAUGCUGCUGUGUGGCAUCAUCCACAUCAUGCUGCUGUGUGGCAUCAUCCACAUCAUGCUGCUGUGUGGCAUCAUCCACAUCAUGCUGCUGUGUGGCAUCAUCCACAUCAUGCUGCUGUGUGGCAUCAUCCACAUCAUGCUGCUGUGUGGCAUCAUCCACAUCAUGCUGCUGUGUGGCAUCAUCCACAUCAUGCUGCUGUGUGGCAUCAUCCACAUCAUGCUGCUGUGUGGCAUCAUCCACAUCAUGCUGCUUUGUGGCAUCAUCCACAUCAUGCUGCUGUGUGGCAUCAUCCACAUCAUGCUGCUGUGUGGCAUCAUCCACAUCAUGCUGCUGUGUGGCAUCAUCCACAUCAUGCUGCUGUGUGGCAUCAUCCACAUCAUGCUGCUGUGUGGCAUCAUCCACAUCAUGCUGCUGUGUGGCAUCAUCCACAUCAUGCUGCUGUGUGGCAUCAUCCACAUCAUGCUGCUGUGUGGCAUCAUCCACAUCAUGCUGCUGUGUGGCAUCAUCCACAUCAUGCUGCUGUGUGGCAUCAUCCACAUCAUGCUGCUAUGUGGCAUCAUCCACCUCAUGCUGCUAUGUGGCAUCAUCCACAUCAUGCUGCUAUGUGGCAUCAUCCACAUCAUGCUGCUAUGUGGCAUCAUCCACAUCAUGCUGCUGUGUGGCAUCAUCCACAUCAUGCUGCUAUGUGGCAUCAUCCACCUCAUGCUGCUAUGUGGCAUCAUCCACAUCAUGCUGCUAUGUGGCAUCAUCCACAUCAUGCUGCUAUGUGGCAUCAUCCACAUCAUGCUGCUAUGUGGCAUCAUCCACAUCAUGCUGCUAUGUGGCAUCAUCCACAUCAUGCUGCUAUGUGGCAUCAUCCACAUCAUGCUGCUACGUGGCAUCAUCCACAUCAUGCUGCUAUGUGGCAUCAUCCACAUCAUGCUGCUAUGUGGCAUCAUCCACAUCAUGCUGCUAUGUGGCAUCAUCCACAUCAUGCUGCUAUGUGGCAUCAUCCACAUCAUGCUGCUAUGUGGCAUCAUCCACCUCAUGCUGCUAUGUGGCAUCAUCCAAAUCAUGCUGCUAUGUGGCAUCAUCCACAUCAUACCCCCCUCACCAUUCUGCAUCCUGUACUCAUCUCUCUCCCCUUCCGUUCCAUUCUCCAACCCCUCUUCUUCUCCCUUUACCCCCUUCCCCUUCCAUGCCCUCCAUACCUCACCCUUCCCUCCACCGACCACCUUCAUCUGUAGGUCGUUUCGAUACCAAUGCGUGCUGCAACAACACACCUCCCUCAGACUCAGCGUCUUUCAACCAAGAAACAGCGUGAAGAGCGGCACCACUGACAGUUGCUGGUUACCAGGUAACUCCCACAACGUGCAGCCGUCCCGGGGCAGCAUCUUCUGGUACCGCGUUUGA